UUUUUGAGGUUACGCUUCAAGUUUGCGUCUCAAACAACAAAUCAACAGCUUUUUGAGGCUCAAAAACGAAUAGCUCCAUUCAAUUGGAGGCAUCAUGUCCUUUAACUUUGGAAGUACCAGCACGCCGGCCUUUGGCAGCACUCCGCAAAAGCCAACAGGAUUUGCCACCGCCUUUGGAAGCCCUCAGGCCACUACCGCUCAACCCACAGGGUUCAGCUUUGGGCAGCAGCGACCAACCGCCGGGUUCGGAUCGGCUUUUGGUACCUCGACUACCAAUGCGCCCCCUGCUUUCGGGGCCAGCACCAGUUUUGCGGCCGGAAACACAGGCGCAGCCCCUAUGUUUGGUUCGACGUUCGGCACGCCUGCCAGUAGCGCGGCCCCUGCCUUUGGCACCUCUUUCGGCGCCCCACAGCAGAACACUAGUCUUUUCGGACAGACCACGAAGCCAACCAACACGCUGUUCGGUGCUCCAGCCACUUCAAGUACAGGAUUGUUCGGGAAUACGGCGAGCGCAGCUCCAACGUUGUUUGGAAACACUCAAACGACGCAAAGCGCGCCCGGAUUGUUCGGCGGCGGCAGCGUGACGACGCCUUCGAUCUUUGGGCAGUCUGCAGCCCCAGCUAGCACAGUGCCCAGUUUGUUCGGUUCCAGUUUUAGCCAGCCGACUGCCAGCGCCGCCCCAAGUUUCGGGGGCAAUUUUUUCGGGGCGGCUCAAAGCAGUGCACCCUCACUUUUUGGCACCAACACCUUCAACACCACCAACACGGGGCUUGGGGCGUUCGGGGCAGGAGCAGGCACCAACUUUGCCGCCAAUACCAGCCUGUUUGGGGCGAAGCCCCAACAACAACUCGUUGCCCCUCAGAGCAGAAAUCAACAGGCAGUGGCUUCAGUGUAUUCAAUCAAUGUGUUCAACGAUGACCGGGAUGAUAUUUUGAAGAAGUGGAACAUGCUGCAGGCGUGCUGGGCAUCUGGCAAGGGAUUUUACAACGCGGCCCAGCCGCCUGUUGAGUACACGCCCCAAAAUCCGUUUUAUCGAUUUAAGGCAAUGGGCUACAACGUUAUCCCGGAGCAGGAUAACUCUGAAGGCGUGGUAAAGAUCGUUUUUAACAGGAAAAUCGCCGACUUACGAAAUCAACAAGAAGUGCUGAAGAACGGCAUUGGAGGAAUCCUGGGUAAUCGGCCCAAUCUGACGGUGGAAAUUCUACUGAUCAAGGCGCUAUGCGACACGCAAACCGAAGUGAAAAUCUGCGUGUCUGAAAAAGGAGUUACUGGCUGCAGCAGGAAGAUUCCGGCCACUGAGCUGGCCGCUUUCUUGAACCAGCCGACGCAAAAACAGCAGCUAGCCAACGUCGGGGUGAUAGCAAUGUCACCCUUUGUCACCCCCAGCAAGGCCGAGCUGGAGGAGUACCUGAAGAAUCCUCCCCCAGGCAUCGACCAGCAGAUGUGGCAGGCCGCCAUCCAAGACAACCCCAACCCGAAAAAGUACAUUCCCGUGCCAAUCAACGGGUUCACGGAUCUCAGAGCGCGGAUGCUGAACCAGGAGCACCAGACCGGCCUGCACUCAGCUUUUCUGGAUAAGGUGAAGAAAGACAUCACAGUCCUGAAGACAAGACACACGUCGACAAACGCUCAAAUCGCCGAUCUGAAGCAGAAGUUCCUCGAGCUGCAGCACAGGAUCCUGCGGGUGCUGGUCAAGCAGGAAAGUACGCGAAAAGUGGGCAUCGCCCUGCAGCCAGAUGAAGAGCUUUUGAGGGGCCGCUUGGAGGUGAUGCAUUCCCAGCUUAAUAUGCCCAAGCAAUUCAAGGGUCAAAUAAACGAGCUUCUCUCGCAUGUGAAAAUGAUCGAAAGCUCAGCAAAGCAGACAAACCUAUACCAGGUAAAUGCGGACGCUCAGGAUGAAAUCAAGCAGUUCUUGAAGCUGGAGCAAAACGGAAUCAGCCAACUGAUCAAUAUCGUAGACACCGACUUGAAGUCUUUGCAAAUCAUCACCGACGGGCUCAAGGAGCUGGUGCAGCGCUGUCAUAAUAUUUAAGGGCAAUUUUUCCAUGUUCCCCAGGCAAGUGCAAACAAUACAUUUAUUCUGGGUUUCUUA